GAAAAGGUAUGCAAAUUAUUAUUAAAGUGAGUUCAUGACUGUCAUUUACAUGUAUUGUGGUCAUCUGAUGCACGAUAAACAAGUAGAGAGUAAAAUAUACGCUGCUCUCUAAGCUCUGUCAUAAAGAUCUUCAAUUAUUCGCGCCUUUUAAAAUUUUUUGAUGUGUGCUGAUCCUCCUUAAGGACUGAUUCCGAUAGGCGCACAUAUUUUUUUAACCUUUUUUAAUAGUCCAAUAAAGAGCCACACAAAGAAAGCCUCUUUCUAUAUUGUAAAAAGGAUAGAAGCUUUCCAUGCCUCAGCAACCAACUUUGCCGUUUUUUAGGCAAAAACGCAUCAUCUCAAGUCUCAAUGUACCUCGUCGGUACCAAUUACCGGUAGCCAUUCUAAGAGCACUUAGUUUCCUACCUGCCUUAUUUUAUACAUAUCACUAUUGGAAAGCAGCUAGUCUGAUCCCUUUACGAGAUUCAGGUGGUCCAAGACUCAUCCAGAUAACACAAGCUGAAUAUUAUGUAGCCAUACUUUGGGCAUUACUAUCAGGCUAUUGGAGUUGGAUAUUAACAACAAGCAUGUUGAGUCGAUGGUUAUACCAUUAUGAGAUAAAGCACGCCAUCAUUCGUCUACUGACACUUACCCUCAGUACCUGCUGCCUUUCGGGAAUCAUCAACUCUUGCAUGUCAGAUCCUGUCAAGACUCAACUUACACUCUGUGUGAUUCUCUUUGUUUCCAAUAUUCUCAAACUCAUCUUUGCUUCAAGUCCAAAGUAUAGUCAGAAACUCGAGGAUGCCUUACCGACAAACCCGCAUUAUAAGAGCACGACAGCACUCAACAUACUGCUGCUACCAUUUUUGGUUGUAUUGACAUACUCUGCGUUUGUCUUGACAGGCCAAGUGCAUCGAUUUGAAUAUACAUCCAACUUGCUGAUGAAAGAGACCUUUGGAUUGGAUAGCGCCGUUACAGCUACUACUCAAAACAUCUUGAUCCUCAUUUUGUCUUCAUGGGAUAGUGCAGAUAAAAGACGUGUGUUGAGAGAAACAACAUUGAAGUGGAUUGAUAGACCUCAACAAGUAGUCUAUCGAUUUGUUAUCGGACAACCGCCUUCACCUUCUUAUGCAUGGAACACAGUGCUUGAAGAAUCUGAAAAGUAUCAUGAUCUAUUAAUGGUACCCACUUCUGAUUUAAAGAAUGGCAAGAGCCAUAAACUGUUUGAAGCACUGAGAUGGUCAUCAGGCGUAAACUAUGACUAUUUGAUCAAGACGGAUGAUGAUGUGUUUGUCAGAUGGGACAUCGUUUGCAGUGAAUUAAAUGAGCCCAAAGAUAACUACUGGAAAGGCUUUGUUUACAGAAAUCUUCCUGUGGACUAUUAUAGAAAGGAUAUAAAAUUAGAUUAUGGAAUGCCUAUUUUACCACCAUUUACAUCUGGCACACUUUAUACCCUCUCUCGCAAUCUUGUUCAUGCUAUUACUGCCAUUGAUUAUCCACAACGAUUUAUUAAGGAAAUGGAUGAUAUCAAUUUACCCAUGUGGUUAUUUGGUUUUGAUAUACAACCAAUUCAUGACAAGCGCAUCCAGAGCACAGACGAGGACGUGUGUGAGGAAACGAUGAUUGCAAAACGAUUUUACAAAAACUUUGAAAAGAGUGUUAAAAAGAUGUACAGUAACUUGCUUCAUGAAGAACCCCAAUGUGUCGGAAUGAACCCACAACGCCGUUGCGCGCUCUGUUAUCCUUGUCAUGCAAAGAGCAACGACUGGAGAUCCAAAAACUGGGCUUGUGAUCCCGAUCGCGGUGCCUCUUUGAUCAACCUUCCAGAUUACAAAAAGAUCCCCGGACCCAAGGUAAAGGACGAUAUGGAACCUGCUGUGAUUGGAAAAAACGAUCAGUGGAUCAUCAAGGAUAUCUUAUCGGCAAAGACAUCCAUCUACACCGACACAGACAACUGGCAUUUACUCUAUUGGGUCUGUUGGACUAGUGACCCUUCGACCUUCACUGACAGACAUUGGCGCGCACUGGAAAUGGUAUGGAUUCAUGAACCGGAAGCUGCAAUCAUCAUGAUGUCCAACUCGCUUCCUGAAAACUUCUUUAAUGAUUAUGUACGACGCGGAUACAACAUUCAAGUUGUCAAUUUCAACAAGGAAAACCUGUUGAAAUGGCGUUGGUACUUUGGCCCUGGUACACAAGACUGGCUUCAAGAAUGGGAACGCUGGGAAAAGGGUAAGCAUUUUUACUGGCAUCUGACAGACUAUAUUCGUUGUCUUUUGCUUUAUAAUUAUGGUGGCACCUAUAUGGACAUGGAUGCUCUCUGGAUUCGUAUUCCUCCCAAUUCUACUCAAGAAUUCAUCGGAUCUGAUAUUUCACGAGUUCCAUCUGAUCUUGAAUGGACGCUUGAUAACACAGGACUGUAUCUACCUCAAGGUCUGAUGCGAUUCAAGCGUGGAUGGAAGCUAUUCCGUGAAAUGGCUGAAGGCGCCUUCUCUAUGUAUAACUAUGACCCUGAAUGCUUUAACUGUGGUGGCCCUAAAGCCAUUACCUCCUAUGUUCGUGAACGUCGUGGCGUUUUGGAAGCCGGUGGCUUAACUAUUUUACCUCGCGAGGUGCUGUAUCCUGUUGGCUAUCUUGACGUUCAUGAAUUACUGCAGCCCAAUCCUUUGGCAGAACAAGAGAUGAAGACAAAGAUUGAACCCAGCAGUUGGAACAUUCACCUCUUUGGCAAGAUGACCAAUCACCGUCCUGUAGAGCCUGGUAGCGUGAUUGAUUACGUGUUUAAGAAAUUUGAUCUUGAUCUACCUCACCGUGAUACCAAGAAACAUAAUAUCAUCUCGUCCACUGGCAGCUGGAAGGUCCCCAUGAGGCUCAUGGCGCCAGCAGAUUAUAUUUAUCGUGCCGUGUCAGAACGUAUGCUAGCAGCUGAUAAAGAUAAGAGCCUAACGUUGCAGUCAGUACCAGGCAAGUUCCAAGGUCUGAACGUAAUCUAUAUACGUGGUGGUCCCGAUAAGAUACCAAAGGUGACAAUUGAAAUAUCUGCUUCCAUUGGACGUGUUAGACUAGGCCACGAACCUUGGGCCAAGUCAAUCAAGAAGGAACUGACUGAUGUAACAAUGCAGAAAGUCAAUAGUGUGUUGAAUACAGUUGAAUAUGGCCCUACUAAACUUAUGCUUGCCAACGGUGGAAGAGAUCGUAUGGUCGUAGGUGUAACUUAUGAAGAAGGCAACUCAAAGAUAGAAAAAGAACAAACACAGAUUACCGUUGUGGUAGUGGAACCUGAAGAAGAGGACGAGCCUCUUGAAGAUUAAAAAGUGUAUCAUAGAUCAUUCUUGUACAAGAUAGCAAUCCUCUUUUUUAUUGUUAUAUAUACAUAAAUAUAGAUAUCUUAUUUUCUAGGCAAUCCGCCUGCGAUAAACAAAGCUUGUUCCAAGUCUUCGAUGAGAUCAUCGGGAUCUUCAAUGCCCACACAUAAACGAAUCAGGUCUUCGGGCAAUGCUCUUUCUGCACGAAUGUGAGCAGGGAUAGAGGCAUGAGACAUUCUACAGGGCAUACUAAUUAAAGAGUUGACGCAUCCAAAGGAUACACUAAUACUCCACAGUUUUGUUGCU